GGGCACCGCCGCGGCCAUGGAGCGCCGCUGAUCGCCGCCGCCGCCGGGAGACAAUGGCCCUGCACAAACUCUGCUCGGUGCUGGAAGUGUUGCUUGUAACAAUCCUGGUAGUGGAAGGCAUUGCCGUUGCACAGAAGACGCAAGGUGGGCAAAACAUUGGAGUGAAUCGAAUUCCUCCCACCCAGUGUGACAACUGGGUCCGGACCAGUAAUGGAGGACAUUUUGCUUCACCAAACUACCCAAACAUGUACCCACCCAAUCAAGAGUGCAUCUACAUCUUAGAAGCUGCUCCACGACAAAGAAUUGAGUUGACCUUUGAUGAACCCUAUUACAUAGAACCCUCAUUUGAAUGUCGGUUUGAUCACCUGGAGGUUCGAGAUGGACCUUUUGGGUUCUCCCCUCUCAUUAAUCGUUACUGUGGUCUGAAAAGUCCUGCACUAAUUAGAUCAACAGGGAGAUUUAUGUGGAUCAAGUUUAUUUCUGAUGAGGAGCUGGAAGGAAAGGGAUUUCAAGCAAAGUACUCAUUUAUACCAGAUCCUGACUUCACUUACCUAGGAGGUAUUUUAAAUCCCAUCCCAGACUGCCAGUUUGAGCUCUCAGGAGCUGAUGGAAUAGUACGUUCCAGUCAAGUAGAACAAGAAGGAAAAACAAAACCAGGACAAGCAGUUGACUGUAUCUGGACAAUUAAAGCCACUCCAAAUGCUAAGAUCUACAUGCGAUUUCUGGACUAUCAAAUGGAGCAUUCCAAUGAAUGCAAAAGGAACUUUGUUGCUGUGUAUGAUGGGAGCAGUUCCAUUGAGAACCUGAAGGCCAAGUUCUGCAGCACGGUGGCCAACGACGUGACGCUGCAGACAGGGACAGGCGUGGUGCGCAUGUGGGCCGAUGAAGGCAGCAGGCUGAGCCGCUUCAGGAUGCUCUUCACCUCCUUUGUGGAUCCUCCCUGCUCAGGCAACACUUACUUCUGCCAUAGCAACAUGUGCAUCAAUAAUUCUUUAGUCUGCAAUGGCAUUCAGAACUGUGCAUACCCUUGGGAUGAGAACCACUGCAGAGAAAAGAAAAGAACUGGAUUGUUUGAACAAAUCACCAAAACCCAUGGGACAAUCAUUGGCAUCACAACAGGGAUAGUUUUAGUUCUUCUCAUCAUUUCAAUUCUAGUGCAAGUAAAGCAACCUCGCAAAAAGGUAAUGGCUUGCAAGACUGCCUUCAAUAAAACUGGUUUCCAGGAAGUUUUUGAUCCUCCUCACUACGAACUGUUCUCACUAAGGGACAAAGAAAUUUCUGCAGAUUUGGCAGAUUUAUCAGAGGAACUUGAAAACUAUCAGAAGCUGCGCCGCCCUUCAACAGCUUCAAGAUGCAUUCACGACCACCACUGUGGCUCCCAGGCCUCCAGCAUGAAACAGAGCAGGACCAACCUGAGCUCCAUGGACCUGCCCUUCCGCAAUGACUUUGCGCAGCCCCAGCCCAUGAAAACCUUUAACAGCACAUUCAAGAAAAGCACUUACACUUUCAAGCAAGCUCACGACUGCCCCGAGCAGGUGAUAGAAGACAGGGUGAUGGAGGAGAUUCCAUGUGAAAUUUAUGUCAGAGGAAGAGAAGAUACAGCACAAGGUUCAUUAUCUAUUGACUUUUAACUUCCUGCUGAAAGUGGUAUCAGUGUAUAUACAAAAUGCUCAUGUAUAGUGACAAUGUAUAUAUUUAAAGUGUACCAUACGCAGCGUGUGAGAUGCACACACUUUUAGCUUAUUAUACUUCAUUCCAAAAAACAAAACCAGUCUUCAUAAUUAAUUCUUGCUGAAAAAGUGGUGGAUUUCCUCCAACCUUCCCAAGCUACCUAUCUAGUGAAAGAGUAAGACAGAGACUUUGCAUGGAAAUGAUCAGAUAGGGUGGUGGAAGAAAAAUCCUUACAACUACUAAUCGUUGAACACUGAAAGCAAUGACUACUAUUCUCUUCUUCAUACCAUUUACUCUUCUUUAGAUGUCUGCUUUUCAAGACAAUUUUAAUACCUCACUUGCAUAAAUAAAAGUAGUUAAGUGCACUAUGUGUAUGUCAACAUAGGUGUCUUAUUGUAUUUGUCAAAUUGAAAGUAGAGUUAGUGUUAAGUGCCAGUUAAGACUCACAAAUUAUGUUACAGCCAUCUGUUUCACUUGCCUUUAAUUCUCAUUUCCACACUCUAGGCUUUGUGAGAAAUAAGUGAACAGGGUCACUGCCUUUUAACAAUAUCAAGUUAUAUUAAUUUUAGUACAUGUGGAAAUAUCUUUGCAGCUUUCAGUUAAAACACGAGUAGUCAUUUUAUUCUAGAUGCAGACUUCUACAACAGUUUUCUUUCAAGAAGGUUUAGGAUUUUAAAAUAUUCUGCCAUAUAUUAUAGCUCCAUAUGGCACACUGAUUUCACAGCUCUGUACUUAGGAAACAAUUUUGUUCCUGAGUUUUCCAAGUAUUUACAUAAAUAGAUUGUACUGUACAUUUGUCUCUUAAAAUAGCUUUUUACUCCUUGGUUCAGCCAAUCUUCCCUACUGAAAUCAGCAAUGAUACUUUUAGCUCAUGUCCUACUUGCCUGAAGAGAACUGCUCUGAGGUCUGUGUGAUUACUGGGUGUAUGAAGGAACUGGAAACAAAGAAAUCACAAAGCAACUCUAAUUAACCCCUGUGGAAUCCUUCUUGUGCCCCUUGUUUCCAUUUGCAAAAUUGCACAUUUCAUACCUUUUUAAAUGGUAGUUUGGACCUAAUUUAAAAAUUUUUACAAUAUAGAAGAAAAUUUUUUAAAUAUAUUCUCAUUGUGGUUUUUAAGCUUUUUAUAUAGUUUGAUACUGUACAGCCUAGUUCUUAAAUCCAAAUCUAGCACCUGGACAGCAGGCUUCUUUCAGGGUCCCUCUCAGCAGUUCUGACUAACCUGCAAUUGUUGCUGCACACAUCACAAUUUGCCAAGAAUACUUGUCAUGACUUCCACAUUAGCCUACACUUUCUUCCCUGGGUAGUUUGAGCUUAUUUGGGUAUUUUCUUUUCAGGAAACCUUUGACUAAGCUGGUCUCCCAGCAAGCACUGGGCAUAGCUUUUAUGUCAAACCAUAGUGUUUGUUGUGCUGAUUGUAGUACAAAAAAAGCCCCAAAACCAUCUUAACCUAUGACCCUUGCAACUGAAAAAUCAUUUAUUUGAAAUAAAGAUGAACAACAGCUGUAAUCACAGAUUUUUGCUAGAAUGAUAAAGAUUUUUUUAAGUGCUUAAAAUGUACAACAUUAAAGGGGAAAAAAGGAAAGAGAAUUGAGUUUCUUCAGCAAUCCCCAACUUCAAAAUUAACCCUGUUUCCUGUUUAAAAAGAACAUAAGCAGCUCUUAUCUUAGACCCACAAGUCUGGAUGUACCUGAUGCCAGUUUUUGUGCUGGUCCCAGAAUGUAUUUCAAUUUGAAAGAAUGAAAAUGGGUUUUAUUUUUAGAUGCACUACAUGCAGAAAAUAAAUGUAAAAAAAAUCUAGUUGUUACUUGAAAUUUUUGAAUAUUUAAUGCAAACA